GACAUGGGAAUACUCACCAGUAUAUGCUAUACGCUCAUACGCCUACCUCCUGCUUCAUACGCUGCCAAUGAGGUUGUAUGGACUGUUUGCCACACCUAACCCUGUGAUGUUGUUCUUUAUAACCCGGUGUGUGUUGGCAUUUGCUUGUGCAUUAUGUGAGGUGUACUUUUACAAGGGAGUAUGUAAGCAGUUUGGAAACAACGUGGCUCGUGUAAUGUUGUGUUUUCAAAUACUGAGUGCCGGCAUGUUUAUAUCAUCAUCAGCCUAUCUUCCCAGCAGUUUCUGCAUGUAUAUGACAUUCCUUAGCUUCGGAGGAUGGUUUCUGGAAAAAUAUGAGGUAGCUAUUAUGGCAACAGCAGCCAGUGCAAUACUUGGUUGGCCCUUUGCUGGAAUUAUUGGGGUUCCAAUUGCUUUUGAUGUCCUGUUACGGAAAAGAAAAAUUAAAUUGUUUAUAUUGUGGUGCUUCCUGGCUCUUGUUACAUUUUUGUUACCAAUGAUGCAGAUAGACCAGUAUUACUAUGGAAAGUUAGUUAUCGCUCCUUUAAACAUAGUCAUGUACAAUGUGUUCACAGAUCAUGGACCAGACCUAUAUGGUAAACUUGCUCUGUAUUUAAAAAGGAUUGAAGUUUUGUUAAAAACCAAU